GAUCCUUCAGGGUACAGUGCGUUUGUUCGUAUGCAGAGUAAAAGAGAGAUUUCCUCAGUUUUGCUAAAGAACUUUCAAAUUUCCAAGUCUAUCACAACCAGAAAUCGAGAAUUAUUCGAUCUCCUGGUGUACAUUUUGCGCUGUUUUUGGUCAUCUAUUUGUUGUUUUAAACAUGACAUGAAGCAGCCAUGAAGAACACCUUCCUAUCUACAGCAGCUUGUCUUGUUUGGCUUUCAGUUUUAAUCAGCUUUGUGCACAACACGUUUGUCACUGUGCAAAAUGGCCACUGGGUAUGGAUUGAUGGAAAUAACACUGCAAAUUCCCCCAGCUCAGUAAAAGUGAAGAAAACAGGGGAUAAAGAGUUUCCUGGUGCACGACAUGGCGUAACAGCCUGGAAGGAUGAAAAUAACAGAGUAUGGAUGUUUGGAGGCAAGGGAUAUGGAGUAAAUGAGCCCAAGGCAAUAAAAUCUCUUGAUGAGCUUUGGAAUUUUGAUCCUUUAAAGAAGAAGUGGGCAUUAGUUAACAAAACUGUAGCUUCCAAUAAAUCCUGGCCUUCAUCUUGUGUAGAUUGUGUGUCUUGCAGCCACAAGGACAUUACAGUCCUAUUUGGAGGAGUUGUGACACGCAAGAAAAGCCUGAACUUCAAGACAUGGGUGCUAAACUUGACUUUAAAGAGCUGGGUUGUUUUGGAGCAGAGUUCACCUCCAGCACGAGAGAAGAGUACUUACUGGUGUGACAAUAAAGAGGGGUUCUUGUGGCUUUAUGGAGGGCUUUACAGCAUUAAAGACUUCAAUGAUAUGUGGCAAUUUAACUUUCAAAACAUGAAUUGGACCCAGAUUACACCCCUCAAAAACACCCCAACACCAACAGCAAGGUUUGGGUCUUCAAGUUGGCUACAGCAUCCUGACAAACUCUACUUGUUUGGAGGACAGAGUGUCUUGGGAUCUAUGUCAGAUCUCUGGAUCUACAGACCCUCCCAGCGUACAUGGGAAUUUGUUAAAGGAAAGAAAAAGCCCUUGCAAAAAGGGGUCUAUGGUAACCAGGGUAUUCCAGGGAACCUGUCACUUCCUGGUUGCAGAGAAGAAGCAUUAUCUUGGACAGAUAGUAAGGGGCAUCUGUGGUUGUUCGGGGGCCGGGGGUGUGAUGCUCACACCUCAAAUGCUUCUAAUACAGGAUUACUGUCUGAUCUCUGGAUGUUUAAUACAUCAUCUGCCUCAUGGUCCUGGAUUAGUGGGCCUUCAAAGAAAAACGAGAAAGCUGUUUAUGGCAAGAAAGGAGUCCCAGAUCCCAAAAAUAUGCCAGGGCCAAGAGAAGAUUCCCUGACAUUCCGACAAGGGGGUAACCUCUGGAUUUUUGGCGGCAUAGGUCAAGACAAGAAUGAACGUCCAGGACUACUAAACGACAUGUGGGUGUAUUCAAUCCCAACCACACCCACUCUUGGGCCACCAUCCCAUGGUAAAGGUCUACCUGGAGACACCUUUGAUAUGCCAUACUCGCAGAGACUGAUGAUUGCAUUUGGGAUUCUUACGGCGGCCAUGGUGAUCUCGAUUCUUGUUUGCUACAGGAAAGAGUGCAAUCUUAUGUACUGGAGGUAUAAAAAGAAAGUGCCGAGGGUCAAGUAUGAGCCCUUGAAGGUGAAGAUGCAGGUUCCUGAUGUUUAGAAAACAAUAUACAGGAUGCAGUGAGUGAUUAAAAUGAAGUUCAAGCGCCAAGAUUGGAUGAAAACUGCCAUUUUGUCAGUAUUCUGUUAAUUGCUUAGCAGCAGCAAUUAUAAAUUCUUUGGUAACAUGAGCAGUUUGUCUGUCAUUAAUAAUCAUUGGUUAGUCAUUUGUUUAUUGGUAGAUUUUUUGUAGUGUAAAAAAACUUGUUAAUAUGUGUUGGUCAUACUUGAGUACCAAUUGGUAAUUUGGAUUUAAUAUUAAUUAAUUUUGCAUAACAUGCAAUAAAAUGCAUUGUAGUUAGAUAUCAAUUGCUUGAGGCCAAAACCUUUACAUUGGUUAGGUUUAUUUAUUAGUAGUCAAGGUAACAAGAUAAUUUAUAAAAUGGUGAUUUCCAUUGAACCCAUUACAGUACUUAGCUGAAUGAUGUGUGCAGAAUUGUCAUUAUAACAAACUAAGCAUCAAUCAAGUUGUUUCAAUGAUAUUCCAUAUUAUAUGCAUGUAUGCUUGAAAUGGAAACACUUUGAUUGACAUCCACCAAAACCAUAUUUCAUCAUGGGGGCAACAGACUGUUUUCUCAAGGUUGCAUGCGCAUUCAAAUUUAAGGAACUUGAAAGGCACAGAUACCCGAACACAAGUAUUAUCAUGCAUUGCUAUGAAUUUUUUUGAUAAAGAUUCAUAAAAUUGAUUAUUCUUCUCUUUAAAGAUAAAACUGUCUUCUCAAUUUUACUGAAUUUGCAUUUUUUCAGCUAUGCGGCCCAUCAAGUUGGAUGCGCAUGUAACAUUGAGAAAACGGUCUAUGGGCUCAAGUCUACAACACUCUCAACCUAUAAUAUAUAAAUGUAAUAGCAAUAUGAUUGAAGAAAAAAACAGAAUUUGCCUGCUAGUAUUUUGUUUUUCACAGGUUCAAUGGCAUCACUCUCAUUUGUAAAUCUAAAUAUUUAUUUAGUACUGUUUAAAUUUAUUAAUACUAGAUGCUAAGACUUGACUAGACUUGCAUAAUUUAACAGUAUUUAUGCAUAAUAAGUUUAUAGUUCAAUACAUUGUAGAAUUUAUAUAAAAAAUUGAAAGAAAAAAAAAAAUUUGUGACUGCUAGUCUCAUCUCUCUUUUACAGGUUCAAUGAAAUCACUCUAAUUUAUAAAACUAAAUUUAUUUCAAAUUAGUACUUUUUAAAUUUAUUAAUACAUCUAGAUUUAUCAGACUUACUUCAUUUAAYGCUAUAUACACCUAUUUUAAAAAAACAUUUAUUAAUACAUCAAGAUUUAUCAGACUUGCUUCAUUUAACACUAUAUACACACCUAUUUCCAAAACGUUGUCGGUUGGAUAUCUGAAAUUAAAAAUCUGAGACUGAUUGGAAUUGUGGGGGACUGAAUGUUUUCUCAUUCAAAAUUCAAUAUACACCUAGCCAGAUAGUUUGCCAGCGCAGGUCAUCGCUCAAAGUUAGUGUUAUCAGGAUAUUAACUUUUUGCGAACUACUCAUUAAAACCACAAAACAAUCUACAGCUUACAACCCACAAUUCAAUUUGGUCUCACACUUCAGAUCUACGACCAACAAUGUUUUUUGAAAUAGGUGUAUUUAUAAGUUUAUAGUGAUAGGAUUUGUGAAAAAAAAUUUUUUUCAAACUUUGAUCAUUAUUAAAGAAAGAAAAAAAUUUCUGGUAUAAUUAUACAUUCAUAUAGUUUGAUUGAAACCAUAUUCAUACUUAUUGAUCUAAAGACAUAACAUAAAUUAAAUUAAUAUUAGACUCAAUUUUCGAUUCAUACAUCAAUGAUUAAAAUAAUCAAAAUUACCAAAGCUUCAUAUGUUUGGGCAAUAUUUUACAACUAGCAUUUAAAGAAAAAAUGUUGCCUAGAUCAUUAAGUAAACAUGUAGGAAGCUAUCUUUAGUUCCAGAGUUUCUGUCACUCCUGCUUAAUACUAAGUAAUGUAGGAUUCAUUAGGAAUCUUAAGAAUUGAUAAGACCUCUUUGUUUUUGGGAGUGAGGUUAUAAGUGUGUUUGCAUAAAAUAUUUAUGCAACAAUGCAACAAAUUAAUUAAGAAACAAAUACAAAUAAAUAGAUCAAUAUCUAAGAUAACUCAUUGUAUUAUAAAUUUAAUAAAAGUUGUAUCACAUUUAGUAAAAUAAUUUUAUUAAUUAAUACUUGUGCCAGUUUUGUUAGAUUUAAUAAAAGAUUAAUAAAAAAGUGUUUGACAUGUUA